GACCUUUUCAUUCAGGUUGCACACUCGCCUGAAAAUGGCAGAGCCAUGUUCAAGUUCAAGCAAACCUCCGAGGUAAGCUUUAGUUUGGCCUAAUUGCCUCACGUGUCAGUGGGAUCUUCUCUUUUUAGUGUUUUUUUGCUUUCUGUGAAAAUGAUUGCGUAAAAAUUAAUAAUGAUAGGGAUAGGUUUGGGCAAAUUUGUUGCAAAAUUUAGGAUCCGAUGUCUCUAAAUCGCUUUUGAACUUGAUUUAAGUUCUGGUUGAAGUGCCGUGAUUUUAAGAUUAUUCUGCAGAUAACAUUUUAACAUUUUAGAGAUGGUUGGAAUUACAGGUGUCUAGAAAACGACAACCUAGAAAACGGUGACCUAGAAAACGGUGACCUAGAAAACAACGACCUAGAAAACGACGACCUAGAAAACGACGACCUAGAAAACGACGACCUAGAAAACGGUGACCUAGAAAACGACGACCUAGAAAACGACGACCUUGACAACGACCUAGAAAAUGACGACUGAGAAAGCGAUGACCUAGAAAACGACGACCUAGAAAGCGACAACCUAGAGAAAACGACGACCUAGAAAGCGACGACCUAGAAAGCGACGACCUAGAAAGCGACGACCUAGAAAACGACGACCUAGAAAACGACGACCUAGAAAACGAUGACCUAGAAAACGACAACCUAGAAAUCUUCGACCUAGAAAACAACGACCUAGAAAUCUUCGACCUAGAAAACAACGACCUAGAAAAUGACGACCUAGAAAACGAUGACCUAGAAAAUGACGACCUAAAAAAAACCGCGGGGAGGGGGGGGUGGGGGCAUAACAGAAGUGUGGGAAAUGCCCCAUACCCGGACAAAACCAUAAUAGCAUAUUCAUAGCAAAUCUCAGUGUAAUCUCAUCAAAUGUGGCAAACACCCACGCAAAUCGCUCAUAGCCGCUAGUUACCCGGGGCUGGUUAUAAGUAAUGCUAAGGUCAAUAGGUCUAAUAUGUGCGUGCAGCACACUUUUUUGCACAUCGUAAAACGAGCAGACGAUUCUCCCAGAACCAAAAUUUCUUGGAUGCAUUUUGGGCACUUUCCAUUCACCCAAAACUUAAGAAACAGCGGCAAUUGGUACAGUAUUUUCCCGGAAAAGUUCCCAGACUUCCGGAAACGUUUCCGAAAUGUGAACUUUUCAACCAGAAAUUUACACAUUCGGGGGUAAAUUUGAAUGCGGAGAGAAAACUUCCCGAUGUUAAUUUUCGAAAAUUUGGGUAUAUAUUGCGAAAAUGCUGUUCCAUUCGGUACUGCAUGGAAGUUGCCGAAAAUUUAAACCAGACGUUUUGAUUGAAUGGAAUGGCGCCCAUGCAAAGGUAACCAAAUUUGUUGCCAAUUGUGCUCCCUUUGCGCGCGCGCGUGAGAGCUCCACUAAAAAAGUUUCUCUAGUCAAAUUUUCCUUUAGCAUGGUCAAUGAAGUCAUGAUUCAACCUGAGUGACUGCUGGAAGCAAAAGCUUUGCUUUGACCUAUUUAUUGUCCUGAUAUCAAUUUAAACAAAUUGCCAUCAAAUCUAAAUGACCUAAAUAAUAUACACUGCUUCACUGGCGCGUCGUUUCUAACGGGAAGUUCAAGCCCACAUAAAUCAAACAGGAAAUAAAUCAGGCGUGCCAUUUUUGUGUUCACAGCUCAACACCGUAAACAGACAGUUUAUAUUUUGAAAAUAAAGAAAGAAGGGCUUCAACAUUUUCUCGUACCUUUCCAUAAAUGAAACGGUAGCAUACCGGUAACGAGAAUUGUGAAAUAUUAUGUCGGACAAAAUGAAGGUUGACAUGUCAUCAGAUUUGAACUGCAUUUGAACUGUAAGAUUUGAAUCCUAUCAUCCUAGGAGUUUCUGUUUCCUCACAGGUCCGAUAGCGUGGUACAUAUGCAGUGAGAUCUCCAGUAGAACUUUUGAAUUGUUCAGAAAUAAAUUAUUACAUCAUGAGAAAUAGAGACAACGCCGCAGAGCAAAAUUAAAAAUUUCACUUCGUUUCAUCUUUAAUUCUUCCACCACUUUCACGCAAUGCACAAUGCAAUGUCCAAGACAAAACAAUAGCUCCUGCGACGACACUAGGCACUCUGUAACUGCUGUUUAAAAAUGCGCGAGACGGUUUUAUAAACCGCGUUAUGAAAAUAACGCAAGAACAAUAGAUGUAGGUAUCUCGCGGGGUACAUGUAACAAAGGUUUACGUUAAUCAAUAAAUCAAUGGAGCAUCUCCGCCUAAAUGUGAAAAUUUCCCAAAUUUUGACUUUUAGAAAUACUUCGUUCCCCAAACCUCUUUUUAUUAGCACACUCCGGGAUCGCUCAUGAAACUAACCCGAUAUACUUUUAAUCAGUAAAUACCAAGAGAGGUUAUCCUCUCUUGGUAAACACUUUAUUGUCCACCACCCCAGCAGGGGAAGGGUGUUUCCUUAGGAACUGGUUAGCUCCAAUGACCACCAAGCUUUAAUAAUUUUUCGAUCUAAAAGAAAUACAUUUAUAAUUCGCAAUCAGAACAAACACAAAUCAUCUUAAUUUCGUAGCUAAAUUCAGAAAACUUCAGUGUUAACUUACUUCUGUGGCGGGUUACAACAAUCGCACUUUACAGGUUAGUAAAUUCUUUUAACAGAUUCGUCAGGUAAGCGGAUUUAUAGACAGACUGUAAAUUAUUUUCUUUCUCACUUCGAUUCUGCUGAAAAACUAAUACAAUUCUUGUCAUCAAAUAAAUCUAUCCAAUAACAAACAGGGAACGCUUGUUUGAUAAACGAAACAGAGGGGAGACCUCGCGUACCUUGCGUUUCCAAUUCCACCGUUUUAUUCCUUGGCUUCAUACCCUUUGCCGGUACAAAUAAUAUUUACUAUUUUUCUGUAAUUUUCCUUCUUUGCCCACCUCUCACCCCUUCAUAAUUCCCUCCUAUCGUCCUCUUAUUUCCCGCCUUCUGUACCCCUCUAACCCCGUAAUCCUUCAAGCUACCCCAUCCUUGUCGUUUUCUAGGUCGCCGUUUUCUAGGUCGCCGUUUUCUAGGUCAUCAUUUUCUAGGUUGUCGUUUUCUAGGUCAUCGAUUUCUAGGUCGUCGUUUUCUAGACACCCUGGAAUUACACAGUCGGGUGUUGGCUUCUCCAUCCAUUUUGCAAUAAACAUAAUCUUACUUUAUUUCCCCUGCACAUGCAUACUAUAGUUUUGCAAACGUGCUUACGUAAGCACAUUCUAUAGAAAUAGAACAUGUCUGAAGCUUCCCAGAAAACACACAGAAGUCACCUUUAAUUAAGUAAAAAUAUUUUAUCAGAGAUUGAGUUAACCUUGUUUUGAUAGAUCUUGGAGGAUUGGUUAGCCACCUGAUCCACCCCGAGAUACAUUUGUUUUAGUGUGGUACAAAACCCAAUAUUAUUAAUAAGUAUAUCUGUGCAGAUUUGACAAAGCAUGGCUCUCCAAUGAGAAAUUCUGACACAAGGAGGGGGGGAGACAACCUCAAGCACAGCUGUGUUGGAAAGCCCAGUCAAUGAACUAUCAGCCCCCGGAAAUUCUGGGUUAGCUAGUAAAUUCCUUUCUGGCCACCGGGUGGUGGGUUAACUUGUUUUCGCCAGUGUAGGGUCUCCCUUUAGACUCUUGGCAGCCCAGUGAUGCUGCAGCCUCAAGCUCUCUGAUAGGCUGGCUCGCUUUCAGGUAUGAGCAGGCCUUGGAUCAGUCCCCUGAGCUAAGUUCUAGUUAUUGCCAACUCUCAACUCUCUACUGGCCAUGUUGAAUCAGUACAGAUACAUACAGAUAUAUACAAGCCCUAAAUGGGGACACUGUAAACUUGUAAACUUGAAAUUCAAGAUUUGAUGUACAUGUAUACUGUCAGAUGUACAGUGAACAGACACAUCAGUCUGUGUAUACCUUCACUUAUUCACAUUUUUUUUAUUUUAGUUCAGUAAUGUUUUGGACCAAAGAUCAUGAUUUGAUACUAUGCCGUGAAGUUCUUAAUCUUAAUCCAUUCACUACAAAAAAAGGCUCAACACAACGAAGUACAAUUUGGGAUAAAGUGGAUACAACACUGAAUAAUUGUUCCUGUCUGGUAUUUAAUGUUGACAAGCGAUCUGUUAGAGAUCAUGUUGGAAUAUUACAAAACAGGCAUAAAAAGAAAUUGAGAGCUGAAGAAAAGGCAACUGGUAUUGUACCUGAUGAGCCGACGGAGUUGGAAAACCUGUUAGAGCAAAUAAUUGCCCUGGAAGAAAGUGCAGAGGCAGAGCAACAGGAAACUUGUCAGGAGAAGAACCGAAAAAUAGAGAGUGAUAGAGCAAAAGCUGAAGAUAUCAGGUUAAAAGCAAUGAAAAAAUUGAAAGACACUCAAAAAAGGCAAUCAGAUGGGAUGGAGGACAAUCAAAGUAAGCAACCACGACGCAAUGGCAGCAGUGCAAUUUCUUAUCUGUCACAAAGAGCUGACAUUAACUACGAGCUUAAACAGGAGGAGUUG